CUUUUGUCCUUCAUCGCCUUCAUAUUGUGCUGUAUACCGUUUCGCCUGCAUUUACGCGCAGGCCGCACAUACUUGGUUCUGCCCAUAACAUGGAUAGGCCUCUCCUGCUUAAUUGCUUUCAUCAAUUCUAUUAUUUGGAACGGUAACAUUAUCAAUUGGGCUCCCAUUUGGUGUGAUAUCUCCACCAGACUGAUGAACGGCGCCGUAGUCGCCAUUCCAUCGACUUCGUUUUGCAUCACACGCCACCUAUACCUCAUCUCCCAUGCUAGCCACGCAGCCUUUACUGGGAGAGAAAAACGCAACCAACGUAUAUUCGAUCUUACAGUGGGGAUCGGGGUUCCAAUACUGCACAUAAUUCUUCAAUAUGUCGUUCAAAGCCACCGCUUUGAUAUAUACGAGGAUGUAGGGUGCCUAACUGACUAUUCCAUCGUCCCUUUCACCUUUCCGAUCAUUUAUGGCAUCGCCUCUCUUGUUGGCUUCGUCUCGGUGAUCUACGGCGUCCUUACCGUUCGUACGCUUAGAAGGCGCCGUCGACGACUCAAGGAUCUGCUGCAGCACCCUUCCGGCGACCCAAAUGUUAAUUCUAACCAUUAUAUUCGCCUCAUCUGUCUUGCAGCCGUGAACAUAGUCGCGGAAUUCGUCCUGACCUUAUACAUUUUCCUACUCAUCGUCCCAUCCUGGAACACUGACUGGAUCCACUCCUGGAAAAGCUGGGCAGAUACCCAUCGUGGAUUCUCUCACGUGGGUCAAUUCCCUGUUUCAGUAUGGCGCUCGUGGCAUCGUUGCGCGAUUGCCAUUGAUUCUGCAAGGUGGAUAUGCAUAUCUUGUGCAUUCUCCUUCUUUUGUCUUUUUGGCUUCACAAAGGAGUGCAUGGACCAGUAUCGCUCUGUUUUCAUGUGGCUUCGGACAAAGACUGGCUUCCUCCCUGCCUCGCAGCCUGAC